UUCGCGUCGAUCGCACGCGGCUUGUACCGGGACAUAGUGUUAUGACGUUGGUUUAGGACGAUUUGAAAAUGGAAAUAAGUGCAAUGCCUCCCAUGCCUUUGGACUUUUCUAUGGUGCGUAACGGUGGUUCUUCUCCGGGGCACUUGAGAGAGAGUUCGCCGAGGUCUGUGUCGAACAGCGCUUUCAGAGUUGUCACGCCAAAAGGUGUGUCAGCAAGCGAAGCACUUCGGAACGGCCUCUGCCAGUCGCUUUGGGCACCGGCGACGCGACCAGAACCUUCUCCGCACCAGCACUUAGAUUCCUACACUGUCAGAGACGACAUCAAAUUCGGCAUUAACCGGCUAGUGGGAGAAAGAACAGAUGAAGAAGACAACGAAUCACAUAACAAUGAGACCUCAAGAGCCGAAGACAUUUCACCCACAUCAAGAUGCGGAAGCCCAUGUUGGGCACCAUCCUCUCAUUCCCCACGCUCAGUUCGCUCAUCAUCUCCCGAACUCGAAGUUGACUCCCCACCAUCUUCCCCUAGAAGAAUUCCAGAUUCCUCCCCACCUUUGAAGAGGUCAGAAGCGUUUUCAGUCAGCGCUUUAUUAAGACCCGAUGCCCCAAGAGUGCAACCUCAGAGACCAUUCCUUUACCCGCCUUUACCCUUCACGGAGUUUCUAAGAGACGCUGGAAGCCUUGGUAUACCAGGAUGGGGGAGUUACAGCAACUUAUACCUCCACGCUGUGCAGGCAGCUGGCCCAGAAUUAUUAAGGUUAAGAGCAGCUGUUCUCGGAGCCCCAAGUCCUUUAUCCAGACCUUUGCCUAUUGGAGACGUUUAUUCGUGUGUUAAGUGUGAGAAAAUGUUCAGUACGCCUCAUGGAUUGGAGGUGCAUGCGCGGAGAUCUCAUAAUGGGAAGAGGCCGUUUGCGUGUGAACUGUGCAGCAAGACUUUUGGACAUGAGAUCAGCCUUAGUCAACACCGGGCUGUCCACAGCGUAGAGAAAGUGUUUGAAUGCAAGCAGUGCGGGAAGACAUUCAAACGUUCCAGUACACUAUCCACACACCUCCUCAUCCAUUCGGACACCCGACCCUACCCUUGCCAGUAUUGUGGCAAGCGGUUCCACCAGAAGUCUGAUAUGAAGAAACACACUUAUAUACACACUGGUGAAAAGCCACACAAAUGCCAAGUAUGCGGUAAAGCGUUUAGCCAGAGCUCAAACCUCAUUACCCACUCGCGCAAGCACACUGGCUUCAAGCCAUUCGCCUGUGACCUGUGCGGACGAGCGUUCCAGAGGAAAGUGGACUUGAGGCGGCAUCGGGAGACUCAGCACGCGGACUUGAGACCGCCACAGCAUAUGCCGCCGCAUACGGACGUGCAUGGAAUGCAUCCACCCGAAAUGCAUGUCGGAGACCGGAUAGAUAUGCGUCCACCACAUCCCGAUCUUCGCCAGCCCGACUUCAGAAUGAGCAGCACGGUGCCUCCACUGCAACCGUUACCCUCCUGAACUUCAACUGCCUUUGCGCCUUGGCGCUAAGGCAUUAACCAUCUAUUGUAAGUUAACUAAUUUCCUGGAUGAUAUUUAAAUUAUAACUACGCAUACUGACACCUAUAUAAGAGUUCGUAUUGUUUUAAGUUAUAUCCAUCCUAAUAUAAUAAAUAACUUAAAUAAACAAAACAAACAAA